CCCUUGCAUUCUCAUCAAUUUAUGUUACAAAUUCUCCCUUCUUAUUUUAUUAGCAAGCUAAAGAAUGGCUAUUCGUAAAAGAGCUGCGAGUGUUGUUUUCUUUGUGUUGUUAGGAUUAAGCAUCUGUUCUGCUGCUAGAAAUCUCCUUACUAAUAUAGAGGAAGAAGCUAGCUAUGCAGCUGCUGGCCAUGGAGAACUCGGAGUAGGUGUAGAGUCAGGAGGGUAUGGUGGUGGUGGAGGUUCUGGUGGAGGUAGUGGAUACGGAGUUGGAUUAGUUGGUAAUCAUGGAGCAGGAGGAGGGUAUGGUAGUGGUGCUGGAGAAGGUGGUGGUGCAGGCUAUGGAGUUGUUGGUGGAGGCGCACAUGGUGGGGGUGGAGGCAGUGGUGGAGGAGGCGGUGCCGGAUAUGGUGCUGGUGGAGAACAUGGUGCAGGGUACGGUGCUGGAAGUGGCAGUGGUGGUGGUGCUGGUUAUGGUGCUGGAGGUGAACAUGGUGGUGGUGCCGGUGGUGGAGGUGGUAGUGGAGGUGGUAGCGGCUAUGGUGCCGGUGGAGCUCAUGGUGCUGGUUAUGGAAGUGGUGGAGGAGCUGGUGGUGGUUCUGGAUAUGGUGCUGGAGGUGAGCAUGGAGCCGGUGGUGGAGGAGGUGGUAGCGGAGGUGGUGGUGGAUAUGGUACUGGAGGUGAACACGGUACAGGAUACGGUGGCGGAAGUGGAGCCGGUGGAGGUGCUGGGGGUGGAUACGGUGGUGCCGGAGGAGCACAUGGUGCCGGAUACGGAGGAGGUGGCGGUAGUGGUGGAGGCGGUGGUGCAAGGUAUGCAACUGGAGGUGAACAUGGGGCUGGGUAUGGUAGUGGUGGUGGAAGUGGUGAAGGAGGUGGUCAUGGUGGCGGCGGCUACUAAAUUAUACUCCAAUUGUUGUGAUGAAAAUAAUAUCAUCACCAUUAAAUUAAUUGGUAACAAAAGAAAAGACUACUAAUCAUAUUACCAGUUAAUUAAUUAUGAAUAGUUUGUGUAAUAUUAUCAAUCUAUCAUGUAAUAAAUUUGAGCCAAAAAGAGCUCAUUGAAUUAUAUACUAUCAAUCCAUAUGUUAUGCGAGGAGUCCA